GCACUAACCUUCCCCAGCUCAGUCCUGAAUCCCGCGCCGUCUGCCUAUUUCUUGACGCGGCCACCGUGCAGCGGCCAUGGCAAGGCAAACGAAGCCAUCCCUGUGCCAGGACUCACGAGCAGUGCCAGCUCGACGACCAUGCUCUCCACCACGAGUUUGGCCGCAGGCGGCGGCGGCGGCGACGACGACGACGUCAAGUGCCGAGCCUGGUACGGCGUCGUGGUGGUUUGUGCGUUGCUGCUCCUUUUCAGCGUUCUCGCGGCCACGGCCGACGUCGUUAACGCCUGCGCGGUCUCCGCCUUCGCCGUGGUGUUCUUUGGCGCGAUCGGCUGGAUGGUGCCCGCCGGCGCCACGGGCGCACGGCGAGGUGACGAUGCCGUGGGUGCUGCAUCGGCCCUGCGGUGGGCCGGGUGCGCCUGUAAUCAUCAGCUCGUCGGCGCGACGGCGAUCGCCGUGCCGCCGGCGUUCACAUACGAGUGCGCCGCCGCCAAUGGUGAGGGCGGCGGCGCGGUGUGCGCGGUGUGCCUGGAGGGCGUGCGGCGCGGCGAGACUGUGCGGCAGCUGCCGUCGUGCAGGCACCUGUUCCACAAGGAGUGCGUCGACAUGUGGCUGCACUCGCACGCGACGUGCCCGCUGUGCCGGUGCGACGUGCCCUUGCCGCUGACGUGCGCGGCAAAAGCCGUGACGGCGGUGGCGCAGACGUCGUCGGGUGAUGUGCUGCCGCCGGUGUAGUUUUCCUUCAAGAGUGGCUCCAACUCCAGCAGAACUCGUUUGUCCUGAACACUUGCGGGCCACAUUGCUUUUUAUGAUGAUAUUCGUAAAUUGUAAAUA